CCCCCCGGAGCCAGGACCCCGGAGCCCGAGAGGGUACCCGGCUCUGCGCCCCCCCCCCCCCUCCCGGCCGGACCAUGUGGCGAGAGGCGAUGCGGCGGCGCCGCUACUUGCGGGACUGCGAGGCGGCGGGGUGCGGGGAGGGCGAGGGCGAGGGCGAGGGCCCCCCGCGCCCUCCGCGCCCCCGGGACUGGCUGUACGAGUCCUACUACUGUAUGAGCCAGCAGCACCCCCUCAUCGCCUUCCUGCUGCUCAUCGUCAUGGGCGCCUGCCUCGCCCUGCUCGCUGUCUUCUUCGCGCUGCGCCUGGAAGCGCAAGAGCACGUAGCGUUCCUGAUCACGGUCCCCACCGCCCUGGCCAUCUUCUUUGCCAUCUUCAUCCUCGUCUGCAUCGAGUCCGUGUUUAAGAAGCUCCUGCGUCUUUUCUCCCUGGUCAUCUGGAUUUGUCUCGUAGCCAUGGGCUACCUGUUCAUGUGCUUCGGAGCCACCAUCUCCGCCUGGGACCAGGUCUCCUUCUUCCUCUUCAUCAUCUUCGUGGUCUACACCAUGCUACCCUUCAACAUGCGGGACGCCGUCAUCGCCAGUGUGCUCACCGCCUCCUCCCACACCGUGGUGCUCAGUGUCUGUCUGUCCUCCACACCGGAUGCCCAGGAGCACCUGGUCUGGCAGAUCCUGGCCAACGUGAUCAUCUUCAUCUGCGGGAACCUGGCGGGUGCCUACCACAAGCACCUCAUGGAGCUGGCCCUGCAGCAGACUUACCAGGACACCUGCAACUGCAUCAAGUCCCGAAUCAAGCUGGAGUUUGAAAAACGCCAACAGGAGCGCCUCCUGCUGUCGCUGCUGCCCGCUCACAUCGCCAUGGAAAUGAAAGCUGAGAUCAUCCAGAGACUGCAGGGCCCCAAGGCUGGCCAGAUGGAGAACUCCAACAAUUUCCACAACCUGUAUGUCAAGAGACACACCAACGUGAGCAUCCUGUAUGCCGACAUCGUGGGCUUUACCCGGCUGGCCAGCGACUGCUCCCCUGGAGAGCUGGUCCACAUGCUCAACGAGCUCUUCGGCAAGUUCGACCAGAUCGCCAAGGAGAAUGAAUGCAUGAGAAUCAAAAUCUUAGGCGACUGCUACUACUGUGUUUCGGGGCUUCCUAUAUCGCUGCCUAACCACGCGAAGAACUGUGUGAAGAUGGGCUUGGACAUGUGUGAAGCCAUCAAGAAAGUCAGGGACGCCACCGGGGUGGACAUCAACAUGCGUGUAGGAGUGCAUUCUGGGAACGUCCUCUGUGGUGUCAUCGGGCUGCAGAAGUGGCAGUAUGACGUGUGGUCACACGAUGUCACCUUGGCCAAUCACAUGGAAGCCGGAGGGGUCCCUGGCCGUGUCCACAUCUCAUCGGUCACCCUCGAGCACCUGAACGGGGCGUACAAAGUGGAGGAAGGUGAGGGUGAUGUCAGGGACUCCUACUUAAAGCAGCACCUGGUGAAAACCUACUUCGUGAUCAACCCCAAGGGAGAGCGGCGCAGCCCUCAGCACCUCUUCCGACCUCGUCACACCCUAGACGGCGCUAAGAUGAGAGCCUCCGUGCGCAUGACCCGCUACCUGGAGUCCUGGGGUGCCGCCAAGCCCUUCGCGCACCUACACCAUCGAGACAGCAUGACGACCGAGAACGGCAAGAUUAGCACCACGGAUGUGCCAAUGGGUCAGCACAAUUUUCAGAACCGCACCUUAAGAACUAAGUCACAAAAGAAAAGGUUUGAAGAAGAAUUGAAUGAAAGAAUGAUCCAAGCAAUUGAUGGAAUUAAUGCACAGAAGCAAUGGCUCAAGUCUGAAGACAUCCAGAGAAUCACACUGCUUUUCUACAACAAAGUGCUAGAAAAAGAAUACCGAGCCACAGCACUGCCAGCAUUCAAGUACUAUGUGACCUGUGCUUGCCUCAUCUUCUUCUGCAUCUUCCUCGUGCAAGUCCUCGUCUUGCCGAAAACCACCGUUCUGGGCAUUUCCUUUGGAGCUGCGUUCUUCUCCCUGGCCUUGAUCCUCUUCCUGUGCUUCGCUGGGCAGCUCUUGCAAUGCUGUAAGAAGGCCUCGGCCUCCCUGCUGUGGCUUCUGAAGUCCUCCAGCAUCAUUGCCAACCGGCCGUGGCCUCGGACCUGCCUCACUGCGGUCACCACCACCAUCGUCUUAGCCAUGGCUGUGUUCAACAUGUUCUUCUUGAGUGAACCUGAAGAAAUGACCCUUCCAGCUACCAACGUGUCGAACACUAGUCUUUCCAUCUCCAGCGACCAGACAGCCAUUCAGCGGGCGCGGGGUCUGUUUUUCCUGCCGUACUUCAUCUACAGCUGCAUCCUGGCGCUCAUCUCCUGCUCCGUCUUCCUGCGGGUCAACUAUGAGCUCAAGAUGCUGAUCAUGCUGCUGGCGCUGGCGGCCUACAACAUCCUGCUGCUGCACACACACGCCCACGUCCUGGACGACUACAGCCAGGUCCUGUUCCAGAGACCAGGAAUUUGGAAAGAUCUCAAGACCAUGGGUUCAGUGUCCCUCUUUAUUUUCUUCAUCACACUGCUUGUUCUUGGGAGACAGAAUGAAUAUUACUGUAGGUUAGACUUCUUGUGGAAGAACAAGUUCAAAAAAGAGCGAGAGGAGAUUGAGACCAUGGAAAACCUGAACCGCGUGCUGCUCGAAAACGUGCUCCCGGCACACGUGGCCGAACACUUCCUGGCCAGGAGCCUGAAGAACGAGGAGCUGUAUCACCAGUCCUAUGACUGUGUCUGUGUCAUGUUUGCCUCCAUUCCGGAUUUCAAGGAGUUCUACACGGAGUCAGACGUGAACAAGGAGGGCUUGGAAUGCCUGCGGCUUCUGAAUGAAAUCAUUGCCGACUUUGAUGAUCUGCUGUCCAAGCCGAAGUUCAGUGGAGUUGAAAAGAUCAAAACCAUCGGCAGCACUUACAUGGCGGCGACGGGUCUGAGCGCCGUGCCCAGCCAAGACCACGCACAGGAGCCGGAGCGGCAGUACGUGCACAUCGGCACCAUGGUGGAGUUCGCUUUUGCUCUGAUGACCAAGCUGGACGCCAUCAACAAGCACUCCUUCAAUGACUUCAAGCUGCGUGUGGGCAUGAACCACGGGCCUGUCAUCGCCGGUGUCAUUGGAGCACAGAAGCCCCAGUACGACAUCUGGGGCAACACGGUGAACGUGGCCAGUCGCAUGGACAGCACCGGCAUUGUGGACAAAAUCCAGGUGACGGAGGAGACGAGCCUCAUCCUGCAGACGCUCGGCUAUACCUGCACGUGCCGGGGCGUCAUCAACGUGAAGGGGAAGGGGGACCUCAAGACGUACUUUGUCAACACGGAGAUGUCCCGCUCCCUGUCCCAGAGCAACCUGGCCUCCUGAAGCAUCCCCGGCGGGCACCGCGCACUUUCUGACCGCCUCACCCAUCUGUCCAUCUGUCCGUCCCCAUCGUCUCCCAGCCGCCUCCACGUGCCGUCCUCGGACUCAUCCCCCCGACCCACCCAGCAGCCUCAUGUCUGGUGUCUGCCGCCUGCUGCUCCUAAGCCAAGGGGGAGAGAGAACUGGACUGAGAGGGCUCACCAGGAGCUUGGAGGUGACACAAAGACACUCUUACGGCAAUAAAACUCGAAGGGUCAC